AUGCGGCUCUCUCCAAUCUACGUACUAUCAUGGGCUCUCCAGGCCUCGGCUACCAUUUUGCAGAAUGGCCAGGUCCGAGAAGAUCCCUACCCUGGCCAGGCUAAGGCUAUUUCGUUGGAUGAUGGCUCUUGGCGGACUUAUCAACCGGACGCGUCGGAGAUUGCAUAUAAGGGGAGGUGGGAUAGUGAAUAUGUGUCUUGGUGGUCACUUCCGGGUAUCAAGCUUGGGUUUACGGGCGAGCAGCUUGCUGUAAGCUUCGGUCCGCAGACGAGUGAAGGGGUCCUUUUGGCCUAUCGGAUUGACGGUUUGGAUUGGCAAUUCUCCAAUGUGACUGCGAACUCAACAUAUCAAUUUGCCGGGUCGUGGACCCCUGGGUUGGAUUUGGCCAAGAACAACACAUUUGAGAUGAGAGUUCAAUUGGCCGGUGUCUCGGUCGCUUCGGAUUCACAGCUUGUUACAGUUCCUCAAUACAGCAAGACUGUGGAGAUCAUCGGUGAUUCCUUCGCAUCGGGACAAUAUGGCACCUACGAAGGACUUUCCUCAUGGGCAUACAACUACGCCGCUGGGCUAGGCGACGUCGAAUACUCGAUCACCGCGUAUCCCGGUAUCUGCUUGACGGAUGAACAAUGCUACGCGGACAAGGCGCGCGGCAUGACACAUCAAUGGUUCUACGCCUCCGAUGCAGGCGUGCGUGCGAACGCGACCUACGGAAACCAGCCCGAGAAGUGGGAUUUCAGUGCCCAUCGCGCGGCAGAUCUAGUCAUCAUUGACCUGGGCACAAACGACCACCGCGCCGUAAACGACAUCCCCGGUUCGAUCUUCUACGACAGCUACGUCGAGCUCGUGACCAGCGUGCACGAAACAUGGCCAAACGCACAGAUCGUUAUCAUGUCCCUCUGGGGCAACUUCACCCGCUCAGGGGACACCUACGUGCAAUCCCCCUUCUACGUCUCCGAGAUCCAGCGCGUGGCCGAGCAUUUCCAAGACGACGGAUUCGUCUAUUACUUCGACACGAAGGGCGUCCUGCAGCACAACGACAUCGACCCGCAAGAGCACCCAACCGACGUCGGUCACAUCAAAGUGGCCAGCCACCUGAUGCAAUGGACGAAGCUCAAAUUGGGGUGGGAGUUCGGAGCCACAGGUCCGGAAGUCCAGCAUGACACGCUGUACUGGAACAACGAGGAUAGUUAUCGGCGAUCGUUCGAUGGCAGUUACUGA